AUGGCUUCGAAUGACCUUCCCAUCUCCGUGGAGGGAUUGUCCCUCCAGUCGACCUCCGAGACCUCCAAGUUCGCCGACUGCUUUCCGUCGUUGAACCCGGUUGAUAUCUAUCGCGAACAUAUUGCGGAGAAGUUGAGCGAGGGAACUGGUAUUGAGGCGGAGAAGAUCUACUCUCGGUUGAUGUGGACGAGUACCCUGGACAAGGGUGACUUGGUUCUGCCGAUCCCAUCCCUCGGAAUCAAGAAGAACCCCCAGGAACUUGGCAAGGAACUCGCCGAGAAGUUCCCCGAAUCCGACCUCGUCCAGCCUCCCAGUGUUGCUGGUGUUCACCUCCAGUUUUUCUUCCGGCCGCAGCCGUUGAUGCACACCGUCCUCCGCCGUAUCCUCAAGGACCGCGCUACCUAUGGUACCAACGGAAACCAGGGUCUGCGGGACCCCGCGGACCCCUCCAAGGGCCGGAAGAAGAUCAUCGUCGAGUUCUCGUCGCCCAACAUCGCCAAGCCCUUCCAUGCUGGCCACCUGCGGAGUACCAUCAUUGGUGGUUUCCUUGCCAACCUGCACACCGUCAUGGGUUGGGAUGUGGUUAAGAUGAACUACCUCGGUGACUGGGGUAAGCAGUAUGGUCUGCUCGCCAACGGGUUCAAGUACUUUGGUGAUGAGGAAAAGCUCACCAAGGACCCUAUCAACCACUUGUUCGAUGUGUAUGUCAAGGUCAACAACAUUGUGUCUGAGCAGGAUGGGCCGAUCAAGGAGCUCAAGGAGCAGAUCAAGGCCAAGAAGGAGAAGAGUGAGGACGUGUCUGCUCAGGAGGCUGAGCUGCAGAAGCUGGUCGAUGCCAGCGAGGACGAGAAGGCCCGUCGGUACUUCAAGAGCAUGGAGGACGGCGAGCCAGAGGCUCUCGCCCUCUGGAAGCGAUUCCGUGAGCUCAGUAUUGAGAAGUACAAGUCGACCUACGCCCGUCUGAACAUCGACUUUGACGUCUACUCGGGAGAGUCCCAGGUCAAGAACGAGAGCAUGGCCUCUGCCCACAACACUAUGGAGAAGAGCGGCGUCGCCCAAAAGUCGGACGGUGCCGUCAUUGUCGACUUCACCAAGCACGGCGCCAAGAAGCUUGGCAAGGCUAUCAUUGUCCGCAAGGACGGUACUCCUCUAUACCUGACCCGUGAUAUCGGUGCUAUCGUCGAGCGUGACGAGGAGUUCCACUUCGACAAGAUGAUCUACGUCAUUGCCGCCCAGCAGGACCUUCACGCAGCUCAGCUGUUCAAGAUCACUGAGCUCAUGGGCCACAAGGACUUGGCUAGCCGCUGCCAGCACGUCAACUUCGGUAUGGUCCGUGGUAUGAGCACCCGUAAGGGUACCGUCAAGUUCUUGGAUGACAUCCUGGGCGAUGUCCGUGACAAGAUGCACGAGGUCAUGAAGAAGAACCCCGAGAAGUACGAACAGAUUGAGAACCCCGAGGCCACCGCCGAUAUCCUGGGUAUCACCUCCGUCAUGGUCCAGGACAUGAGCGGAAAGCGUAUCAACGGCUACGACUUCAACCUCGACGCCAUGACCUCCUUCGAAGGCGACACAGGCCCGUACCUGCAAUACGCCCACGCCCGCCUCCGCUCCAUCACCCGCAAAGCCAACCUCGACCCCUCUCAACUCGGCGACUCCAACAUCGACCUCCUCACCGAGCCUCACGCCAUCGACCUCGUCCGCUACCUCGCCCAAUGGCCCGACGUCCUCCUACAAACCACCCGCACCCUCGAACCCACCACCAUCCUCACCUACCUGUUCAAGAUGACGCACAUGCUCAGCUCGAGCUACGAUGUGCUCAAGGUUGUGGGUAGUGAGGAGGAUGUGAAGAAGGCGCGGAUGACGCUUUAUGAGGCUGCGCGCCAGGUGUUGUAUAAUGGUAUGCGGAUUGUGGGGUUGAGUCCUGUUGAUCGGAUGUAA